AUGAAAGCACUUUUACUAAUUACAUGGGUGCUAUUGUUGAUCAAACAAGUGGUUUUGACUCUAAUGACCCUGGAUUUAAAAGAAGAAGGUAAUGUAAAUAAGAACGUAAACAAAAGACUACGUAAAGUACUGUCUUACAAAUUAUUUAACUUGGCGCUAAAUUCCUUCCACAGUAGUUCAAGAUCUAUUAAACGAAGGAAAUUUGAUGAUGAAUUAGUGCAAUAUUCUUCCCGUAUUGAAUCUAAUUCAACCCCAAGCGCUCCGAGUGGUUCAAAGGCUAGCCGAACGAGAACCCAAUCACUCUCUUCCUCGGUUACCGGUGAACCUUCUCAGCCAUUAUCUCCUGCCACCCCGUUAAUUUCUAGAAGAAAUUCAGGUAAACAACCUAAUGUUGGACAAUUUAAACCAUUUUCAUCUUCACAACGACAUGGAGGAAGAGGAAGGCAAAGACAUGGGAGACAUUCAUUCUCAUCUUCUACAAAAGAUCUGGGUAGAUGGAAACCUACUGACGAUUUAUCCUUAGCUCUAGGAGUAUUACAGACGAAUGACCUCAGAGUGGUUGAAAGAGGAGUAAAAUUUUCUUGUCGAUUUACAUUUCAAGAAAUUCAACAAAGAUGGCAAGCUUUAUUAUAUGACCCAAUAGUUUCUAAAAUUGCUGUAGCUGCUAUUAGAAAUCUACAUCCUGAUAUGAUAGCAGCAGUUCAAGCUAGGGCUUUAUUUAGUAAAACUGAAGAAGAUCUCUUGGGAACCAUAAAAUCAACUGAAACGCCAACCUUAGAAUCACUACAAACUUUACUCGAUAACAACCCACAAACAUUUUACCCUACUAGAACAGCAAAAAGUUUAUUCAAUCAUUGGCAAUUAUUAAAACAGUAUCAAUUACUUCCUGAUCAAAGUGUUCAGAGUCUUCCUCGCGGGGAUUUGGUUUUGAAUUUUUCCGAUGCCGAAGAACUGAUAAACGAUACCGAAUUAGGAGACCCCAGAGAUGAAGCUCUGGAAAACGAACUUGCGAUAGCGGAUCGCAGAGCCAAAAAAGAAAUAAGAACAUUAGAAUGUGAAUUAUCUAGGUGGCAGGUUUUGGUCGACAUAGUUACUGGUAUUAGCACGCCUGAUUUCGAUAACCAAACUUUGGCUGUGCUCCGAGGAAGACUUGUGAGAUAUUUAAUGCGAAGCAGAGAAAUAUCAGUUGGCCGAUGCACGAAGGAUCACAAUGUCGAUAUAGACCUGGCUUUAGAAGGACCUGCUGGAAAAGUUUCACGUCGUCAAGGUACUAUUCGUUUGCGUAAUAACGGAGAUUUUUUUUUAUCGAGCGAAGGGAAAAGACCAUUUUAUGUAGACGGCCGACCGAUUUUACCAGGCAAUAAAUAUAGACUGAAUAAUAAUUCCGUAGUCGAGAUUGCUGGAUUACGUUUUAUUUUUCUCGUUAAUCAAGAUUUAAUUGGAGUCAUUCGACACGAAGCUGCGAAAAUGAAUUUACAGUCAUAG